GUGUACUCUUGUCUGUCUUCAUGUUGGACUGGCCUACUUGAAAGCAACUGACUGACGUCAAGUCAUGUCUGUCAGACAGCACACACGCAUCGCAUACACACGCACGGAGACAUACCGUCAUAAUCACACACGCACACACACACACACAACAAAACACACAGACACUUUCACGUCAUAGUGCGCCAUAUAAAAAACAGACGCAUUACGAGACGGACAACACGUCAUGAACAACACCCCACAGCGAAAAGUGUGUGUGUCCGCAUCUCACGUCAUCUGCAGCGACCUGAACGUCUCCCUGCCGUCCCGCCCCCUCUCGACCCACCCCACCGCCCCCCACACCACGGCAGCAACAUCCUUGCUGAAGCCGUUGUCGAUGUCCCCCGCCAGCCCCCACUGGGCCGCCUCGUCCAGAAUGGCCCGCUGCACCACCUCACGCAACUCCAUCUUGCGGCCGCCCACACCGCCAACCACAAAGCACUGCAGCUGCGGCACACGCACCACCUGGCCGCCCACAUCGGCCGUCCCGCCGACCACCUCCCUGUUGCUGCUGGCCUGGUACACUGCCGACUUGACGAAGUGCUCCGCUGCCGCACACAGACGCCGAGCCAUGUCGGAGUGCCGCACACCGAUGGCCUCCUCUGUGGUGGUCUCCUGGGCGGCAUCCAUGUCGAAGAGGUAUGACGCGAUGAGCCAGCCGAAGAUGAGGGCCUCCUGCGGGCCGACGGCCAGCCGGGGUGUCAGGAGGGCCGCGAGGGAGCGGUGGGGGGCGAGGGCGGCGUUGACGGCCGACAUGACGGCAGGGCCCACCUCGUUGAGCACCGACGCAUACUCCGUCAGCACCAGCUGGCGGCCACAGCGGUCUCUCUCUGUGGCUGUGGAGAUGGUGGUGAUGCCGGCCCCCGCCCGCAGCAGACUGCGGAUGGUCAGCUUGUAGCCGUCAAUCUCGGCGUCGUCCUCAUCCUGGGCCUGCUGGCGCUUAUAGAGCUCGUAGGCAGCCCUGGCGAGGGGCGUCCAGCCGCCGUCGUCGGCCCGUCUGUUGAUCUGGUCAGCGGGCAGCUUGCGGCAGAGGUAGUCGGCCACGUGGGGAGAGCCAUGCGCUGCCGCGUAAUGCAGUGGCGUGCAUCCAAUGCGGGCAUCGACUGCCAUCAUGUCGGCCCCGUUCGCCGUGAUGAGGUCUAGGUAGGCGUCGAUGAAGGACUGGGGAUAGUGGCCCUUUGAGUUGACGGCUGCCUUGUGCACCAGGUUGUUGCCGACGUCUCGUUCGGUGGCGAGGGUGGGGUUUCGUUCGAUGAGUUGCCGAUACAUCGACAUGAGCAGCUGCAGAUACUCGGGGGGAGGCGGACGCAGCGGACGGGGCAGCGCCAUCACCAUGGGUGAGUCUGGUGGUACGCGCAUGUGGAUGUUGCGGCGGGCCGUCAGGAUGUCGAAGGCCGUCUGAUUGCCGCAUGCAAUCGCCAAGUGGAGGGGCGUCUGUUCCGUCUCGUCGGCUGCCGCAUUGGGGUCGGCUCGUCCGUCGAGCAGUGCGGUCAGAACGGCCCUCUGCAGCUCGUCAGACGACCACUGCGGCAGGGCGACGGGACGCUCAUCAUUGUCGCCCACACUGCCUUCGGCUUCGAUGGUCAUGACCGUGUAGUCCGACUUGUUGUCAAUGGCGAGACACAGGAGCGGGUAGCCGAGGACCACACCAUUGCUGUCCUUGACCACCAGCCCCGUCAUGACAUCUGGGUGGGCGCCCUGCUGUCGGAUGAGGUCGGUCACUUCUCGCGCGCUGGUGAAGCGGCGGCCGAUGAUGCACCGUGACAGCAGUUUGGUGGCGUCGUUGGUGCACUCGGGGAACCGAGCCUCCAGCUCAUCGAGUCCGAAGUGGUCGUCAGGCACAGGGAUAGUGGGAUCCGCAAGGCCACUGAGAGGAUGACCUGCAACACACAGCCACCAUACAGCAGACGGCGAUUGAACAGCUGUGGGCACAGGACCUUUUCUCGCGUCUGUCUGGCGUACCUUCCUCCUCAUAUUCAAUGAAGCCGUCGUCGGAGUAUCCGUCAUCGAUAUCGUCAUCUUGGUCGUCGUCAUCCUCCUCCUCCUCCUCCUCCCACAUGCCAUCCUGACACACAACAAAGAGGCAGAGGGGCGGAAAAUGACGUACGUGCCUCCAUCGCAUGGACCAGUGUUGGUGUCGAUGAGUGCCUCACCGAUUCGCUAUCACUUCCCUCCUCGUCGGCCAUCUCAUUGGCCAUCCCGUCCUCCUCAUGCUGCUGCUGGCCGCCUGGACACCAACACACACACCUGGCAUGAGUGUGCUGCUGGUGUGUGUGUGCGUCGAAUGGUCUGUGUGGCAGGUCUAGUCACUCACCGCUGUCUGCGCCAUUGCGAUCUGAUUCCUCAGCCUGCCCACUGCCGCCAUGCUCCUCCUCAGCUACAUCGCCUGCACACACCGGGUCGCCUGCACACACACACACACACACGUAAUGGCGAGGACGGUGUGUGUUUGAUGUGUUGUCGUAGUGGUGUGUGGCGUACCUGCAUCGCCAUCAGCACCGUCCGCCAUGGCAGUGGAGGCCAUGUGGCUGUCGUGAGUCUCAGACAUCACUCAAAACAGACACCAACAGCUGCACCGACCACACACACAGAGCUGCACCGACCACACACACAGAGAGGCGACAAGGGAUGGGCAGACACCUGGUGCAUGUCUUGUGUGUGUGCUCGCCCACCUAGCUAUGAGUCAAAUGGUAUACAAUGGCGCUCAAUCAGUCCGCCCCGAGACAGACCUGCACAACACGACAACGACACACAAGGUAGCAAGCCACCCGUCCAUUAACGAGCCCCUUCACGCGCUUUCCUCCUGCUGCUGCUCGUACGUCACCUGAUGUGGCGCACGGCUCUGAUCGGCCCUCGUAAGCCCGAUGAUUGUCCGCCAAUCGCGCAUGCACCAACUGUCACGCACAGAGAGAGAUAGAUCUCCACACAACCUAUGUGCACAGCAGUGUGAAGCCGCUGUGAGUGCAGUCCUCCAUCACUGCUUCCUUCGUUUCGACGAGCG